UCUGACACUGAAGUUAGAAUUAAACCCUAUGGAGGUCUCUGGAAAAACUCACGAAUGUGGAACAUAAACUUAAAUAUCAAAAGGCUUGCAUGGUUUGAGGCAAUAAUAUUCUGUUUGAAACAGAAUAUUACACAUUUAUGAACUUUGGAACGUGCUCAUUUGCAAGCAUGCCCUUGGGAACAAUUAUUUUUUAAUAUUUAUUUUUCUGCCAUGAGGUGGUUUUUAUCUUGUCUUCAGCCCCUGAGGGAAACUUCAGUUAUCCUUAGCUAAACCAGUGUUGAGUAAGACUUUCUCCCACAUUCUGACUUCAUCCAAGGACAACCUCAAGUGGAAAUGUACCUGAAGUUCCUAUUCCUGUUUCUGGUGCUGUGGCUAUUGGUACUUAACUCCAGCAGGAUUCAAGGCCAGAACAACGAAGACAGCAACGAGUUCCCAGAACAUUCUCCUGAGCUGCUCAAUCAUCAAGACACUUCCUUGGCUCCAGAUUGUCCGAAAAAAUGCACAUGCAGCUCAGAAGGAAUUGUGGAUUGUGGUGGAUUUUCACUGAAAGAAUUCCCUAUGGAUGUCCCAGAAAUGACAAGCCACCUUUCCUUACAGAACAACCAGAUAGAAACAAUCAUUCCAGAACAGCUUGCACGUCUCCCCUGGCUAGAAACAUUGAAUUUACAAAACAACAGACUCACAUCCAAAGGGAUUCCAGAGAAUACAUUUGACCAGCUGGAGAAUUUGAAUUACCUGUACCUUGCAAAUAACCAGCUCACAAUGGCUCCAAAGUUCCUUCCACAGACUUUGAUCAGUGUGGAUUUUGCCGCCAAUAAUCUCACCAAAAUUUAUGAUCUCACUUUUGGACAAAAACCAAACCUGAGGUCAGUCUACCUUCACAACAAUAAGCUUGAUGAUGUUGGACUACCAGAAAACAUGUUCAAUGGUUCUGACAAUGUAGAAAUCUUGAUCAUGUCCAGCAACUUCUUAAAAUAUGUUCCAAAGAAUCUACCACGAGCAUUGUAUAAACUACACCUUAAGAAUAACAAAUUGGAGAAGAUUCCUGUAGGAGCUUUCAAUGAGCUGUCAGAUCUUCGAGAGUUAUAUUUGCAGAACAAUAAAUUAAACAAUGAAGGGAUGGACAAUGAAACCUUUUGGAAACUCUCAAGCCUCGAGUACCUGGAUUUGUCUAGCAAUAACCUUUCCCAGAUUCCACCUGGUUUGCCUCGAAACAUUGUCCUUCUCCACUUAGAGAAGAAUGCAAUAAGAUCAAUUGGCAAUGAUGUCUUGACCCAAAUCAAGAAUCUGGAAUAUCUUCUGCUUCACAAUAACAAGCUCAAGGCCCGAGAGAUCCAUCCACUGGCUUUUCAUGGUCUGAAGAAAUUGCACACGGUUCAUUUAUAUAACAACCUGCUGGAAAAAAUCCCCAGUGGACUGCCCAGGCGAGUAAAAACUCUUAUGAUUCUCUACAAUCAGAUUUCAGAAAUCGGCAGGGAGGAUUUUGCUACCACUUAUUUCAUGGAGGAACUCAACCUGAGCUACAAUAAGAUCACCAGCUCACAGAUUCAUCGGGAAUCUUUCCGUAAACUGAAACUUCUGAAGUCCUUGGAUCUUUCUGGCAAUAAACUCCGCACCAUGCCUUAUGGGUUCCCCAAGAAUUUGCAAAGCCUCAAGUUAAAAAUGAAUUUGAUCAGUUCCAUUCCCAAAGGCACACUCUCUGGAAUGUCAAAGCUACAGGAGCUGUAUCUCAGCGCCAACAAAUUGAAAAACAAUUUAAUUCACAGUCGAUCAUGGAGAGAUCUCACCAGUCUUAAGAUACUGGACAUGGCUGCCAAUCAUCUGACUUUGAUUCCAUCUGGUUUACCAGAAACUCUAGAACAUCUGUAUCUCCAGAGCAACAAGAUCAGCACUGUGCCAGAAGAUGCCUUUGAUUCCACCCCCAAUAUCAAGGGAAUUUAUCUCAGGUUUAACAAAAUUGCAUUCAGUGCUGUGAAAGAGAGCACCUUCCAAAGACUGAAGCAUCUGCAAGUGCUGGACAUUGAAGGAAAUUUUGAAUUCAGUGACCCCUUGAAAAAUGAGGAUCACUCAGAGGAGGAAAUGGAGGAGGAGGACUAAUGGGAAGUGGCGUUUACCUGAAAACAAAUCUUUGCUGACCCAAGCGUAUCACAUAGCAGAAGAUUAAGUUAAAUGCUUUUCUAAGGACACACAUAAAUUAUCUCAUUUACUCAACCCACGCAUCUGUGACAAAAACAAAGCUCUUUAUGGCCUCAUCCCAUGAAUGGCUAAGUUAGCAAACAAACGUAUAGUUCACAAGUCUGCAUCAUUAUAAUUGGUAACACCACAGAUGAACAAGGGAUAAGGAUAGUAUAUCUGCAUUGGCCAGCAGUAUCACAUCCAUUAUGGCUUUAAAGUACCUCAUACCAUAGGCCCCUGAUGGUGAACCAUCAUGCCAUAGGUGGCAUGCAGAGCCCUCUCUGCUGGCACGUGCACCAUCGCCCCAGGUCAGAUCUCGGUGGCGUUUCUUUCGUGAGCUUCUGUUUUCCUGCAAACGAUGAAACAGAAGCUCACGAAUGAAAAAAGAUCUUACCUCUUGCCACGCUGACAGUGUUGGGAUGCCCUGCCUCCUGGUGGCCAGCUGGUCUUCGGGUCUCUGCUGCAAAUGCGUGCAUGUCCAUGAUGUGUGCGCAUGCAUGUGCAUGUCCGCACAUGUCUGCACAUGUCCACGCAUGUCCAUGUGCACACACACAGUCCUUUCAGUUUGGGCACUCGGUGUCUAAAAGGUUUGCCAUCACUGUCAUAGGCUGAUUCCACACUGAUAGGUUCUGGAUCUUGUGGCUCAGAUAUAUCAUAUUUACUUGACAGGAAGACAAAGUGUGUGUUUUUUUUCCCAUCUGAAUAAUUACCUGUAUAUUGGAAUGGAGGAUGUCUUAGCAUGGAUGUUCUCCUGUAAAAGCAGCAAACAAUGAAAUGAAAUUGGUGAUAACAGAGAAUUAAUCUCACUGCACCCUCUCAUCAGUCCUGCACAAUAUAGGUAUAAAUUCUCCUCCAUUCUUAUAGGAAAAAUAAUUUCUCAUUCCUCUGAAAAAUCUGGUGACAUCACCAUCUCAUUGUGGCCUCCCAGGAUGAAAAAUGCUAUCCCUGUUUAGAAAGUCUCUAGAACAUUUUUAAAGAAUCGUAUCAAUGACCGAACUUCAGAAGAGACAACCAGUGGACCUCCCUAUACUGCUAAAUUAAAAUACUGUAUGACUUACCAUCUGCCACCUUCGUUAAGGCAAUAGAAAUUGCAAUUCAUUGUCAUCCGGAGAGCCACAUUGAUCAUUGCUUUAGCUGUAAAAUAGUUAAAUAUAUGAGUUACUUUGGCUAUCUGCAUUUCAAAGUAUUAUUCACUCUGAGUCACUGAGUAGAUCUGGCUUUAUAAAAUUUAAACAAAUUACUAGCAUGGUCAACUUUCAAGUGUCUGACUCCUAUCUGCAACUUGAAACUCUUGUUUUGCAGAUUGUAUUUUGAAUGGUAGCCACUGAUAGUAUGGAUUGUGAUAAAAGUGAAAUAAACUAUUUCCUCCCUACAGAUUUAUAGCAUUGCUGGAGCAACAAAUCAUUAAUAAAAUGCUCUAAGUCACCAGUGAGCAAAUGGCCAAAUAAAUUCUAGGGUAGGAUAAAUGGCAAUGAUUACAUAAAUAACAUUUUGAUUUCAUAUUCAUCGGGAACUAAUUCAGCAAAAUGGAAUGUCUCUUUGGACAGUCUAUCUGUCUCAGUCUGAUUCGUCUUGAUGGUCCAUAAAGAUACAAAGCACUUAAGAGGAAAUGCAACAAAUCUUAUGAAAGUAUUCAGUCUUUCUAAUCCUUUGCCAAGCUCAGCCAAGACAGUUUGCUAAUAUCAGAGCAGUGGGUGACCCUCCUCUAGUCUUAUUACUUGUACUACUUUUUUUUUGGAAGUGUUUCUUGGAUCAUUGUGAUGUUGUGAGAAUUUACAAAAGCUGGCUUUUGUUUACUUAAAAAAAACCCCACCUCUCCCCAUUUUUACUUGUUAAUAAAAGGUAGACUCUGUAGAGUUAAAGGCCCAAUCCAAGGUUACUGAGUCAAUGCAUGUCCUCAAACAGGUAUACUCAUCCAUGUAAGACGGUAAGUCUCAACCCUUAAGUGGCACCAUGGUCAACACAGCCACUUGCUCAGUAUGUAUAUAUUUGGAUUUUUAAAAAAGAAAUUCUAUUAUGGCUGGAUCCCAUUUUUUUUAAUUUAUCCCCAUUCCCAAAGCCAGAAAUAUAACUCUACCUGAAGACUUAAAAUACCAACUUAUUCUGUUUGUGAAAAUUAAAGUAUAUGUUUGCCUUGGA